UAAUGAUGUCAUAACAAGUAUGCUUUUAUAAGUGUUUGCAACAUUUCCUAGAUCAAUGUAGAUAGUUUCUGAUACAAGAUCUUAAACACUAAUAUUUUAUUUGAAUAAUUAUAAUGCUUAAUCAGCAGUUGAAAAGUUGAGUAUCAAAGACAUUGAAUUUACUAAGAAGACAACUGAAAUAAAAUAUUUAAUUCCUGAUGAAAAUGAAUCUUUCAUUUUUAUAAGUUAAAAAAUUGUAUAAAUGAUUCCAACAAUUAUUUUGAGUACUGUAAUUAAAUAUAGUAUAUAUCCAACAUUUUUAUUAUUAGGACUAUUUGGAGAUUCUGAAUGCAUUUCAGCAUAAAUAGAAUAUGGUGAAGAUGUACCUUUUCCAAAUAUAUUUGGAGAGAAUGGUAAAAUAUUAGGUUAUUUUGGAUAGA